UUCAGACACAAAUAGAGAUCUCUCUGCGUAGGCUAUUUCUUUGUAUUUUCCCUUAUUGUUCGAUCCUCCUCAGAAAAAAUGCGUGAGUGUAUCUCUGUCCAUGUAGGUCAGGCUGGAGUCCAGAUUGGCAAUGCCUGCUGGGAGCUCUACUGCCUGGAGCAUGGGAUCCAGCCGGACGGACAGAUGCCCAGCGACAAAACCAUCGGCGGAGGAGAUGACUCCUUCAAUACCUUUUUCAGUGAGACUGGGGCUGGAAAGCAUGUCCCCAGGGCUGUGUUUGUGGACCUGCAACCCACAGUUAUUGGUAAGAUUUCUGUUUCUCAUUUAAUUGAAAUAAGGGUAUGUCAAACUGGCAAAGAAGACGCUGCCAACAACUACGCUCGUGGACACUACACUAUUGGCAAAGAGAUCAUCGACCUGGUGCUGGACAGGAUCCGCAAACUGGCUGACCAGUGCACAGGCCUUCAGGGCUUCCUAGUUUUCCACAGCUUUGGAGGUGGCACCGGCUCUGGUUUCACCUCCCUGCUGAUGGAGCGCCUGUCUGUUGACUACGGCAAGAAGUCCAAGCUGGAGUUCUCCAUCUACCCAGCUCCCCAGGUGUCCACAGCUGUGGUGGAGCCCUACAACUCCAUCCUGACCACCCACACCACCCUAGAGCACUCUGACUGUGCCUUCAUGGUGGAUAAUGAGGCUAUCUAUGACAUCUGCCGUAGGAACCUCGACAUUGAGCGUCCUACCUACACCAACCUCAACAGGCUCAUUAGCCAGAUCGUUUCCUCCAUCACUGCUUCCCUUCGAUUUGAUGGUGCCCUCAAUGUUGAUCUGACAGAGUUCCAGACCAACUUGGUGCCCUACCCCCGUAUCCAUUUCCCUCUGGCCACCUACGCCCCAGUUACUUCUGCAGAGAAGGCUUACCAUGAGCAGCUCUCUGUCUCUGAGAUCACCAACGCCUGCUUUGAGCCGGCCAACCAGAUGGUGAAAUGUGACCCUCGCCACGGCAAGUACAUGUCUUGCUGCCUUCUGUUCCGUGGUGACGUGGUACCCAAAGAUGUCAAUGCUGCCAUUGCCACCAUCAAGACCAAACGUUCCAUUCAGUUUGUUGACUGGUGUCCAACUGGUUUCAAGAUUGGCAUCAACUAUCAGCCUCCCACUGUAGUCCCUGGUGGAGACCUGGCCAAAGUCCAGAGGGCUGUGUGCAUGCUGAGCAACACCACUGCUGUGGCAGAGGCCUGGGCUCGGCUUGACCACAAGUUUGACCUGAUGUACGCCAAACGUGCCUUUGUGCACUGGUAUGUGGGUGAGGGCAUGGAGGAGGGAGAGUUCUCUGAGGCCAGAGAGGACAUGGCUGCCCUGGAGAAGGAUUAUGAAGAGGUAGGGGUUGACUCCAUUGAGGGUGAGGGAGAGGAGGAGGGAGAAGAGUAUUGA